AUGAAUUGCUUAGCAUGGAACUGUCGAGGGCUUGGGAACCCUCGAACAGUCAGAGAACUUCACUUCUUGGUGAAGGAGAAGGUCCCGAGGAUGAUAUUCCUAUCUGAAACAAAGUGUAAAAGAAACAAGGCCGAAAAAGUGAGAAAUAGAUUGGGUUAUGAAUGCAGCUUUGUGGUGGAUAGUAUUGGGAGAAGUGGAGGCUUAGUCAUGAUGUGGAAACAGGAGCUAAGUGCAGAAUUGCACACUUACUCUAAUAAUCACAUAUCAGUGUUAGUGACAGUAGAAGGGGCUGCCACUCCAUGGCAUGUAACUGGUUUCUAUGGAAACCCAGUGGUAGAAAAAAGAAGAGAAAGUUGGGAAUUAUUAAAGCUACUCAAACCUGUGAGCAAUGGCCCUUGGCUUUGCAUGGGGGAUUUCAAUGAGAUCCUCUGCAAUGAAGAAAAGGAAGGAGCAACCCCUAAACCUUUCUCUCAAAUGGAAAGGUUUAGGGAAGCUCUAUAUGAGUGUGGAUUAAUAGACCUGGGUUUCAUUGGUACAAAGUUCACAUGGAGCAACAAGAGGGAAGGCGAAGGCUUCACAAAAGAGAGGCUAAAUAGAGGUUUUUGCAACAACUCAUGGACCCAACUCUUUGAGAAAUGCUACAACCAGGUUCUUCCCACGUUAUCAUCAUACCACUCACCUUUGUUCAUCUCUUGUUUUAAUCAUGAGGAACAGAUGCUUUUAAAAAGGAAGGUAUUUGGAUAUGAAGCCUCAUGGGGGAAAAAACCAGAUUGCAAAAGGUUGGUCCAAAUGGCAUGGAAUCAAGGCAGGGAGGAUGCUGGGAGUAUAGACAGAAUCAAGGCCAAAUUGACACAAUGCUAG